CACGUGUACAUUUGUGGGUGUGUAUGUGGCACAGGACAAAAGGCCAGCAGGGCAGAUGGUGUUGUUGCAGUGCCACACGGGCCUUGCUCACCGCCCCGUUGCGUGCCCCGAGAAAUGGCGAGACCCAGCCAAAUAAACAUUCGCACGACCCCCUUUGCUCGCACCAACACCUUUCAACAUGUCCGCGUCCUCUCCGCUCGUCAUCGACGCGACGACCGUCAUCUCGCUUCUCUCCACCGUCGCCGUCCUCGGUGCUGCCUACGCCCUCUCGCUGCGGGUACUGCCGCGCAGCGCCUCGACCAAGGCUCGCGUGUUCUUCGUGUGGCACAUCUUCGAUGCGCUGAUCCACUUCCUGUUCGAGGGGUCGUUCCUGUGGAACUGCUUCUUCGUGUGGUGGGCGCCAGAGCCGGCGUCGCCAUACAAGGCAGGCGGCGGCAGCGGCGCAGUAACACCGCUCAUCCUCACGCCGCCCGACGUCUAUUUCCUCGGACGUAACGACCGUAUCUACGGCGCGAGCUACGGGACGGGGCCAUUUUCGCAGCUGUGGCAGGAGUACGCCAAGGCAGAUCGGCGGUGGGGCGGUGCGGACUUGACGGUGGUGAGCUUGGAGCUGCUGACGGUGCUGGUGGGGGGUCCGUUGGCGCUGUGGUGCGCCGAGAUGGUGCGCCGCGGCGAGUGGUAUGCGGGGAGGGAGGGAACCGAGGGCAGAAAGUGGUUCUGGAUGCUGGUGCUGGCGACGGCGGAGCUGUAUGGAGGCUGGAUGACCUUCGCGCCGGAAUGGCUCAGCGGCUCGCCGAAUCUGGUGACAGACAACUGGAUGUACAAGUGGGUCUACCUCUUCUUCUUCAACACCCUCUGGGUCUGGUUCCCGCUUUGGAUCGCCUACGAAUCAUACAAGGGCAUCACGUCCGCAAUGUCGCAACGCGAGGUCCUAAACGUCAUCAACUAUCUGGAGAAGAAGCAGUGAUGAGACAGGGGUGCCAUGCUGCACCACGUCGGCUAAAACAUCAAGCGCACAUGAUCAGCGGUGCGGCUCUGCUGCCGCCGUUGUCUAU